AUGACCGCAUGUCCAGGGUUGCCAAAGAUUGUACAAACGCGCAAGUCGCCGAGGUGGGACAGUGAUCGCACGUAUCAAGCUGGUCGAGCGAAUCGCCAAGAUCGAUUGUCGCAGGAUCGUCACGAUCCAACGCCGAAACCGAGCGCCGAGAGGUCCGGAGAAGCCAGUCGUGAUUGUACGGUUCAACGUGCGCAACGGACGAUGGACUUUGAGUAA